UAUACCAUCGACCCGUUUGAACAUCGUUUUGACCCGACCCGGUUGAUUGGAGCAGACGCAGAUAGAUUUCUCGUUUUCCGUUACGUUUUGGGUGUGGGGGGAAGCAGAAAAUGUCGACCGGUUUAGCUCUGAAUCGCUGUUCGAUUUCGGUAUGUAGAAUGGCCGAUACUUUACUUAACCGGCCAACCGUCUCCGUCGUCAGGAAUUUGAAAUUCAGCCGCCGGUUAAUCGGGAACUGCUCGACGGUGGCGAAUCCUUUUGUUGUUGUGGCGGACGACGACAAGUACGGUAACAAACAGGUCAUCUCUCUCACUCCUCGCCUUUACGACUAUGUCCUCUCCAACGUACGCGAGCCUAAGAUUUUGAAGCAACUCCGGGAAGAGACUUCCAAAAUGCGAGGUAGUCAAAUGCAGGUGUCGCCGGAUCAAGCGCAGUUGCUUGCAAUGCUUGUACAGAUUCUUGGAGCCGAAAGAUGUAUUGAAGUUGGAGUUUACACGGGGUAUUCUUCAUUGGCUGUGGCGUUAGUUCUACCAGAAUCAGGGUGUCUUGUUGCCUGUGAUAGAGAUUCGAACUCUCUUGAAGUUGCUAAGAAGUACUACGACCUUGCUGGUGUCUCUCACAAGGUUAAUGUGAAAGAUGGUCUUGCAGCUGAAUCAUUGAAAUCCAUGAUUCAGAAUGGUGAAGGAUCCAGCUAUGAUUUUGCAUUUGUCGAUGCUGAUAAGAGGAUGUAUCAAGACUACUUUGAAUUGCUUCUUCAACUUGUCAGAGUUGGUGGAGUCAUUGUGAUGGAUAAUGUUCUUUGGCAUGGACGAGUUUCGGAUCCUAUGGUGAAUGAUGCGAAGACCAUCAGCAUUAGGAAUUUCAACAAAAAGUUAAUGGAUGAUAAACGUAUAAGCAUCAGUAUGGUACCAAUUGGCGAUGGCAUGACGAUAUGCCGCAAGAGAUAAUCAUCAGUAAGAACCCACUUGAGUCACAGUCAACCUUAUCCCAGAGAGAAGUCUGUAAACAUGAAAGGAUCGGUGAAGCCAAAAUAUAUUUCAGGAUAGGGACACAGUUCUUUUGUUCUGGAAACCAUUCUCACGAAUACUGAGAAGACUCAUCCAGAAGUGAUCAAGGGCAAUUGGGAGACAGUUUUAAGGCUGUAGCUUUGUAUUUAACAAACCAAGCUGUAAUAAUGGUUUUAAUUGUCAACUUUUUAAAAAGCAACUCCACACCAAUUCUCAAUAAUUGCUUAUAAGAA